UAUUAAAAAAAUUUUAGAAGGGAAGGAGUCCUUUUAUUUCCUUCUGUUUCUUCACGGAAUGGUGAUCAGGUCCCUGGUUCCUUCCCAAUGAUCACGCCUAGAAAACUGAUAGCAUAGGAGUAUGAGACUGAAUAUUAGAGUGAAUUUAUGUACGUUACAUUCAGUUUCUUCACAUAAUCACCUCUACUGCCGUUAUUAUGUCUCCAAAAGUGCACACAAAGGCAGAUAUCGACAUAUUUGUAUAUUUCUGUGAAAAUACCGAGUAGCUGCCAUCCGCAAGGGAAGUAAAUCUCACAGACGCUUCGUUGUGGCAUGUUGGAAACCAGAGCGCCAGAAGUUUCUCAACAGUUUUAUCUGUCGUCAAAGAGACUUAUGAGGAAAUAUGCUACAAAGAAAUAAUUGAAGUUAAAAUUUUAUUCGCAUGAAUAUAGGUGAUAAACGUUACCAUGACCACAACGACCUUGCAACUUUUGAAAUGUGGUCUUCGUUUUGAUCCACCCACGCUUGUCAUCACAUACAAGGACUGGAAGGCAAAUAAACUUCGGCGAAGGUCUAUGCCACUUCGGAGCUUCACUAAGCAUUCCAACAUUUCCUCCGCUAUCAAAGAAUUGACAGAGAAUAAACGCCAUGCAAGAUUUGUGCAGCUUUUACCAGAAGCUCAGCUUCAUCGUUUGCUGACGAUCAUGAAGGACAAGCUGUGUGGCAUGAGCCUUGAGGUCAGCAUAGCGCGAAACAAUGAUAUAGACACCCUUGACCCCAAUGAAGAUCUGAACAAAGUGGAUCCAGAGACACUAACUCGCAAAAAGCUUCAAAUGGAUUCAACUUUUGAAAAGAAUCGCAAGAAACCAGGUGACCCAGACUUCCAGUAUAAUGUAGAGAUUGACUUUGAGACUGAACUUGGAAGAGUGGAAACAUCAGGCUGGGACUCAGGAGACGGGUCUGAUCCUGAAUUCUAGAAGAAGCAGAAUCAGUUAUUGCACCAGUGUAAAUAACCUUUGCAAUGUAAUCAGGACAGAGUGUAGCCAGUGAUAUGUUUGCCCUUGGAUUAUGUUGUGGUCAAGUUUUCUCAUUUUACUAAGACUUCUUUGGGAGAAGUGUGUAUGUGUGUGUUUAUUAUGUGAACUGAAGGCACAGAUCGAUGGAUGGUGGUCAGUUUUAGUUUUUAGAUUAUAGGUGGUGUUUGGUUUAUUCUAGGGUUAGGAGUACAUACUUAGAGAAGGAUUUGGGUGAGGGGCAAGGUAAGUUUAUUUUGGUUGUGUUUUAGCCACAUCAGCCAAGGACUUAAACACUUUUGGUGGUGUUUUUUUAGAAGACUAAAACAGGGAUAUUUUAAAAAAAGUUUUAAGUUUGGUUUGAAACUCAGGAUCUCCAGAAUGUCCUCAGUAGUUGCUGAUAAACAAGUGUGUAUAAUUCCUGUUUUGCUGAAUGAAUAAAAUGUGUGCUGUAUAAACUUUACCUGAUAAAGUGAUAUACUCUACACAUGUAUUUCUGAAUGAUGCAUGCAGCAUCUGUAGUAUUUUUUAAAAACUUUAUUAGCUUGUACAUUGGUAUAAUGGUAACAUAUAUUUUUAUAUCGCUUACAGUAUGGUGACACUUUACUAGCAAGAUUUCUUUCUCAGGGGAAUUAUUUGCUGUACUUUUCUUAUGCUGUUCAUUCUGAAAAGAUUACACAUCACAGACUAGUUUUCAUUCUCUCAUGUUAUCAUAUUCAUUUUCAACUAUAUUGUUUACCUUUUUCUGUGCCAUCCUAUAGGCAUUAUAAAGUCGUUGGAGUUAGUCUCUUUGCAUAGGGACUUUAAUCAAGUGAAAAAUUAUUUUGUGGUGAUGACUGAUGAAAUGUUAAUACACUGUAUCUGGGGGUAAUAUUGAGUGAAGCUGUGUGAAUGGACAGUCUCAAAGAUCACACCGUUAAAUAUAGGUAAUAGUUGAAGCCAGUGUUUUUGCAUAACAAGUGACAUUUCUACAGGUACUUGCUUUUCCAACAACAUAGUACAUGUUGCGUAGUGACACAAUCAUGCAGGGAGACUAUUUGCAUCUUCAAGUGGCUUUAAAAAGGAUGUGCAUUGUAAGCAUUUUUUUAUUUCUUAUUAACAAAAGCUAAAUAAUUUAGUUUGAACUAGUAAAAAAGGUUUGAUUCUGCCUGAAAACAGACGGGUUUGGGGUGUGUUUGUGUUUUAUAAAAUUUGCAAUUGUGUGUUCUUUGCAGAAAAGUUCUUUGCAGCUUCCAUUAAACUGUGUUCAGAGACUGUUGCUGAAAUCAUUGCAUAAUAAUAUAUUUCUGACUUAUUUGACUUCCUCCACUUAUCUUUUGUUGCAAAAGAAUUUGAAAAAAUCUGUUUAAUCAGUAAAAUAGAUCACCUUAAAUCAUUUUUAUUAAUUCCAAACCAUUAUUGCUCUGAAAUAAAGAAUGUAAGUGUUCA